AUGAAUCAUGUUAACCUCUACGCUCUCUCGUUCUCUUCAUCCUUCCUCUCUCUGCCUUUCAUUUCACCUCCGAUAAUUGAUACUUCAGCUCGUCCAUCGCCGCCUGAGGAACAACUAUCGUCACAACAGAAGAGUGAGUCGGGAGAAGUGGAAGACGGUGGCGGUUACGAACACGAGACAAAGGCACGAGACAGUGGCGGUCAAGAACAUGUUCAUAUCUCUCAACGAAAGUGCUUCUCCAAUAGUAGCCCUAGAAGAAAGGAAUGGGCAAAUACCGAGUCGAAUCAGUUCACUUCAAUGUCGUUUCUCGUUAUCAGGUACUUUCCGUUCUUUAUGAACUUGCUAUUAGAUUGCAGAUUUCAGGAAGCCUAUCCUUCUGAUUAUCAGUGGGCCAUCACCUUGUUUGUUUACAAUUACAUGCAGAGAUCUUUAGAGGGGUAUCCUGGUGUAACACCAUUUGAAGGAAUGACAUCUAGAGUUACAGCAUUGGUUAGGUAUCUUCCUGCUGGAAGUCCUUGUAUAUUUUACUAUGUUCAUUGUCUAGUGGAAAAAGCAAGUAGUCUUUGUAGUGAAUUCCCAAAAGAGCCAAAUUAA